UUUCUAAAGUCCUCAGAAUUUCAUGUGGCAGCAUUUUUGAGACUUGGUAUUCCUUUAUCAUAUUCCCAGAUUGUUACCAAGUGUGACUGUGGUAGAAGCCUUGAUGAACAUGGUUAUCAUCUAUUGACCUGCAAGUUUAGCGGUGUCCCAGUAUGGCAACACAAUACAAUCGUGUCAACUUGGGUAAAUGUUUAGACGAGUUAAAUAUUCCUCAUCAGGUUGAGCCAAGAAAUAGGUAUACUGACUCUGAGAACAGGCCGGAUAUAACAACAUAUGAUCCCCCUGGACACUUGACAAAAGACCUGGACAUUUCACUUGCUCAUCCACAUUCUUGUGACAUCAUACAAUCAACUGCCAAAAUAUCAGGUUAUGCAGCUGAGUUGAGAGAAAAACGCAAAAUGACAAAAUAUGGUCAACAGCAGUCUAUAGCAGGAUCUGAUACAACAUGUAUUCCACUGGUUUUUGAACACUUUGGUUUUUGGGGCCCUUGGGCUGAAGACUAUCUCAAUAAGAUCUCCAAAAUUUCAAAAGAUGCAAAUGGAAAGAGCAGUGAAACAGACUUCAGAGAUAGAUGGAGAAAGCAACUGUCUGUAGUUGUACAGUCUUGCAACUCUUGUGUGAUUUUUAAAAAGUUGUCCAAGUUGUCUAAGUGCAAUUUUGAUGAUUUUCUGUAUGAUGAAGACGUUCAACAUUUUGUUCAUUGACUGUUAUUGUUAUGCAUACGUAAAGCUAGCGA